GUGAGGUUGCUGCUUGUACGAGAACUGGUGCUGAAUAGAGAAGAACACCAAGCAGAUUAUUAUUGAUUUCCAGUUGAUUCACAUGACAAGUCCUCUGUCUAAUAUUUAGACAUGAAGGGCUUUGUUCAUGUAGGAUGCUUUUUCCUCCUUGUUAUGUUACAAGCGCCACUGACAUUAGCAGGAGUGGGUGAUUUAUGCACAUUUGAAAAUACAGAAUAUUCUGACACCGAUGUUUGGAAACCAGUACCCUGCAGAGUUUGCGUCUGUGACAAAGGGGAGGUCAUCUGUGAGGUCAUAGUUUGUGAUGAUGUCGACUGCCCUGAUGCAGAGAUCCUCAACGAAGAAGAGUGCUGUCCAAUCUGUCUAAACCCUACUAUAACACCUGAAAAUGGACACCCAGGUCCAGCUGGACCUCCUGGACCUCCUGGACUACCUGGACUACCUGGAAGAAAUGGCAACCCUGGCCCUCCCGGACCUCCUGGCCCUCCUGGACCUUCCAAUGGAGUACCUGUAUAUCAAGGUAAAGAUGGAUAUGGAUAUGGAUGGGGUAGCAAGAAAAGUGGCUACGGAACAGUAACAGGAGUUGGGACGGUUACAGGUGCUCCAGGACCUAGAGGUCCAGUUGGCCCCCCUGGACCACCUGGUCCACAAGGUUACUCAGGGGGAACAGGUGAGACUGGACCUGCUGGUCCUAGGGGCCAGCCAGGUCGUCCAGGUCCAUAUGGACCUCCUGGACCAACAGGGAAGGAUGGUUCGCCUGGAAGUUCAGGAAAAGAUGGGCACAGAGGACUGCCAGGUCCUCCAGGUCCUGUUGGUAUUGCUGGAAGACCUGGCAUGCCUGGAUUGAAAGGACAUAGAGGAUUCAAUGGACAUGAUGGUAGCAAAGGUGAACGAGGACCUUCAGGCCCAAAGGGAGAUGCAGGCACUCCUGGAUCCGAUGGCUCACCUGGAGCGAUGGGUCGUCCUGGUUUACGUGGUGAGAGAGGACGGGAUGGGGUCCCUGGAACACCAGGUUUACGAGGAUAUGAUGGCAGUCCUGGUAAAGAUGGUCCCCCUGGCAGAAAUGGCAAUCCUGGGAAUCCUGGUGCUAAUGGUCAACCAGGUCCUAAAGGUGAAUCUGGUGAAAAAGGUCCUCCUGGUUCCAAUGGUCCUCCAGGACCUAGAGGUCUACAAGGGAAUGUUGGUCCUAGUGGACACCAAGGAAAUCCUGGGAAUCCUGGAAAAGAUGGAUCACCUGGUUCACCAGGGCCUCAGGGUCUUCCUGGAACUCCUGGGCACAUGGGUGGGCUCGGUCCCAUUGGUCCUCCAGGUCCAUCAGGAACUAAUGGAUUUCCAGGUGAUAAAGGUCUACCAGGCGAACCUGGAAAGAGUGGUCCAGCUGGUCAACCUGGAGCAAAAGGAGAACGUGGCAUACCUGGGCAACCUGGUUUUACUGGCCCUGCUGGUAAAGAUGGCAAACCAGGUGUCCCUGGUGAAACUGGACCAAUUGGUCCACCGGGUAGUCCUGGCAUGAGCGGUGUUCCUGGAUUUCGAGGCCCCUCAGGUGUACCUGGCCUUCCUGGGGACAAGGGCAAAGCAGGUGAAACUGGCCCACCUGGCCUAACUGGAGCUAGAGGAGCCCAUGGCGAACCAGGUCGUAAUGGUGAUCCUGGCAUUCCUGGUGAAAAAGGACGUCCAGGUCCCGCAGGAGCGCCUGGUAAAGAUGGAAGAACUGGACCACAAGGUACUACUGGAGAACAGGGUCCUAGAGGUCCACGUGGUCUCCCUGGAGAAAGACCACCACCAGGUGUCAUGGGUUUCCCUGGUCCAAGGGGUUCUGAUGGAUUACCUGGUAAGGAUGGACCCCAUGGCCCACCUGGUUCUCGUGGUAUCCAGGGCCUUCCAGGAAAACCUGGAUUGACUGGCCCCGUAGGUGCUUCUGGACAACCUGGUCCACCUGGUGAAAGGGGACUGGCAGGCCCUCCAGGAAAUAAUGGUAUUCAGGGUCCAAUUGGUAAUCCAGGCAUACCUGGUGAAAGUGGAAAACCUGGUGAAAUGGGACCUCGUGGUGAAAAUGGUGUACCAGGAAAACGUGGUGAGAAAGGUGAUUCAGGUCCACCAGGCGAGCCUGGACCCCAAGGUCUCAACGGGAUUCCCGGGACUAGAGGCCCUUCUGGUGAAAGUGGAUUACGUGGAGCCAAGGGCAGUGAUGGGCCUUCAGGUCCACCAGGCCAACCGGGCCGUUCAGGAAUACAAGGUAUGCCAGGUGAACGAGGUGGUCCAGGUGGCAAUGGUCCAAAAGGUGAAAAGGGGGAUCCUGGUUCUCCAGGAAAUGCUGGUACACCAGGAAAAGAUGGUAGACCAGGUCCACAAGGUCCCAUGGGUGGUCCUGGUCAACCAGGUGGUGCAGGAGAGAGGGGUGAACCUGGUCCUACUGGUCUUCCUGGGCCUAUUGGAGGUCCAGGCCAACGUGGUGAACGAGGAGAAACUGGUCCACGUGGCAGCAGUGGAUUUCCUGGACCUCCAGGUUUUGAUGGGCAAGCUGGUCCUAAAGGGACUGAUGGCAAGCCAGGUCCAAAAGGUGAAGCUGGACUUCCUGGUGCUGGAGGGCUACCUGGUCCUCAAGGUCCAGCUGGCCCCCCUGGUUAUGCAGGUGCAAAAGGUGAACGGGGAUUAAAUGGCUUUCCUGGUCCUAUAGGUGUGCCUGGUGUUUCUGGUUUACGUGGUCCAGCUGGUCUACCAGGCGGUGCUGGUAAUCCUGGUCCGCAGGGCCCAGUUGGUAAAAUGGGCCCUCCUGGGGAAACAGGUAAAACUGGUGCCUCCGGUAGCAAUGGAUUACCUGGUUACAAAGGGGAAGCUGGUCUGCCGGGUCCAGCAGGAGAGCCUGGCAAAGCAGGUGAUCCAGGUCGACCUGGAUCUCCAGGCCCAUCAGGAAUCACAGGAGGUCGUGGCUUGAAGGGCUUAGAUGGUUUCCCUGGUACACCAGGUAAUCCAGGUAAACCUGGUGAACCAGGUUCGAAAGGGUCACCGGGUAGUCCUGGUCCUGCUGGCAAAGACGGUUCUGCUGGUCUGAGAGGACCACCAGGAAUUCCUGGACAAUCUGGUCAACCUGGCAGCAAGGGUGAAACUGGUCCCAGUGGCCUCCCUGGCCGAAAUGGAAACCCUGGUCCUAAGGGUGAGCGGGGUGAGCCUGGGCUACCAGGGUAUCAAGGCUCAGUGGGGGCUCCUGGACCUUCUGGUCAGCCUGGUUUAUCUGGCAAACCCGGUGAAAAAGGUUCUGGGGGUCCUCCAGGUCCACAAGGUCCUUCAGGCUUAAAUGGGGCACGUGGGCAGAUGGGCCCACCAGGUGUACGUGGUGAAAAAGGUCAAGAUGGAAAACCUGGUAUGUUUGGUUUGAAGGGUCACCAAGGAAGGCCUGGUUUUCCCGGUUCCCCAGGGCCUCCUGGUAAUACUGGGGAACCAGGUCCAAGUGGAAUUCCUGGAGGUCAAGGUCCAAGAGGUCCAAGUGGUCCACCUGGCCUCCCUGGCAAAGAUGGUAGCAGUGGCUUUCCAGGUCCCAUUGGGCCUCCCGGUCCACGGGGUACACGUGGAGAACCUGGCUCCAGUGGUCCUCCUGGUAAAGAUGGACCUAUGGGACUUCCUGGUCCACCAGGUUUACCUGGCAACACUAUUUACCCACCACAACCAGAAAAGGGCCAGAUGUACUGGAGUGCCGAUCAGGCUGGUGAAUCUGUGAGCAUUGCUGAAAUAAUGGCUACACUGAAAAGCCUGAAGAGCCAAAUGGAGACUGUGCUGACACCAGAUGGAUCACAGAAAAGUCCAGCACCCAGCUGUCGUGAUUUAAAAAUUUGUCAUCCAGAAUUCAAGAGUGGAGAGUACUGGAUUGAUCCUAAUCAAGGCUGCAAAAUGGAUGCCAUCAAGGUACACUGCAACAUGGAUACUGGUGAGACCUGUGUGCUUCCCAAUCCCAGCAACGUCCCUCAGAAGAACUGGUGGGCAAGCAAAGAGAGUCACAGCAAGAAGCAUGUGUGGUUUGGUAACUCCAUGGAUGGUGGCUUCCAUUUCAGUUACGGUUCUACUGGAGUGUCUGAAGAUAUUGUUGAAACCCAAAUAGCAUUUCUUCGAAUUCGAUCUACUCAAGCUGUCCAGAAUAUCACCUACCACUGUAAGAACAGCAUUGCCUACAUGGACUACGAGAAUGGAAAUAUUAAAAAAGCUUUAAAACUGAUGAGCACAGCUGAUGUUGAACUCAAAGCAGAAGGAAACAGGAUACUCACAUACAACAUCCUGGAAGAUGGUUGUACAAAGCACACAGGAGAAUGGGGCAAGACUAUCUUUGAAUAUCGAACACGGAAAACGAUUCAUCUACCCAUUGUAGACAUUGCACCCUUCGAUAUUGGUGGCAAGGAUCAGGAAUUUGGUGUUGACAUUGGGCCUGUCUGCUUUUUGUAACACUGAAGAUAGUUUGAACAGUCACUUGCAGCACAUAACCAAACUGCACUUAAUUUGCUUAUGUUUGAAGCUACCAGGAUGACAAGUUCUAAAUCACUUGAUUGUUUGGAUGGAAGUUAUAUGACAUAUCAGAAAAUGGAAUAAAAUAACAAAAUGUCACAGGUGUACAAAUAACUAAUGCUCUCUGGUACUUAACGCUGGGGUGAAAUCAAAUGUAAUUUUACAGAGCACCGAACAUUCCCAGUAGCAGAUUUGACCUCGCCCUUCUUUCUUAUUAGGAGUGUAACUGCAUUUAAAACUUACCCAGCUUCAACUACCUCACCACGGACAGAAACUGGGAUAAGUUUGAUGCUCCCAAGAAAAUAUUGCACGAGAUGGGUAUCUAAAGCCUCCGUCUCCAAAAAUGUGGCUAAACACUUCCAGAAUCAAUAAAUUUGAGGAUGAUUCAAGAUGAAGUGCAACAAGUGAAAAUAUGUUCAUUUACUAUUGAAGUAUGGCAGCACAUCUAUUACAAAUAAAUUGUAUAAAGUACCUUAUAAUUAACUGGUGUGUUCAGCCAUUUGUCUACUGGUGCUUAUACCUUGAGAAAAUGUUGCCUUAAAACUGGUGCUAUUUUGACUAUAACAUACUAAAACCUUGAAAUUUCUUUUUCAAAAACUUCUAGCUUUUGCAGUAAUAGUUUCUACAGGUCUCAAAAUUAUGAAUCCAUUUCAUUUAUUCACUGAACUGUGCAAGAUUAUCAGUAAGCAGCUUUGUGAGCUAUUACUGAGAUAAAAGGUUUCUUCCAGUUUUGAUUUAUACAUAUACGUAACAUGAAUCAGGUUUUUUCUAUAACAGUGUUUUGAAUACUUAUGUCAUAGAUGAAACAAAUAAAG